ACGGAUGGGCGGGGCGAAUAGUGUUAGCGGCCGAGCCGGAUGCGGGCGGCGCCGGGGCGGCCGCUGCCCUGGGGAUGGGCGGAGCCCCAGCCUCCAGUGCUGGUGGCCGCCGCCGCUGCCGGAACCCGAGCGGCCGCCUCUGCUCCCGCGCGUCGCUGCUUCCUAGGGCGGCGGUAUGCUAGGGAAAGGGGUAGUCGGCGGUGGCAGCGGCACCAAGGCUCCCAAGCCCUCCUUCGUGUCGUACGUGCGCCCCGAGGUGAACAGCUGCUCUGUGAAGCCAGCACAGUCCUCAAGUAUGUCCAGGAAGAUUCCUGUCAGCGCGGCAUCUAUGGGAAGCUUGUCUGCACAGACUUCAAGAUUGCCUUCUUGAGUGAUGACGAAUCUGUGUUUGAUCAUGACGAAACCCAAUUUAAGAAUAAGGUUAUAGGAGAAAAUGACAUUACACUCCACUGUGUUGAUCAGAUUUACGGAGUGUUUGAUGAGAAAAAAAAACCUCUUUUUGGACAACUGAAGAAAUACCCUGAGAAACUCAUCAUCCACUGCAAAGACCUCCGAGUAUUCCACUUCUGUCUGAGGUACACAAAAGAAGAGGAAGUCAAAAGGAUCGUCAGUGGCAUAAUUCAUCAUACCCAGGCUCCGAAACUGCUUAAACGGUUGUUUCUAUUUUCCUAUGCAACUUCUGUGCAAAACAGUACAGCCACUGAUUCCAAAAACCACACCGUCAUGUUUGACACACUUAAGGACUGGUGCUGGGAACUGGAGCGGACCAAAGGCAGCAUGAAGUACAAAGCAGUGAGUGUCAAUGAAGGCUAUAAAGUCUGUGAAAGGUUGCCUGCGUACUUUGUUAUCCCCACCCCUCUGCCUGAGGAGGACGUGCCUCGCUUCCAGGGCCAUGGCAUACCAAUAUGGUGUUGGUCCUGCCACAAUGGAUGUGCCCUUUUGAAAAUGUCAGCGCUGCCCAGAGAACAGGAUGAUGGCAUUUUACAGGUCCAGAAGGGCUUCCUGGAUGGAAUUUACAGAACCAUCCACAGGCCACCCUAUGAGACUGUUAAAACCGAAGACCUAUCAAGCAGCUUCCUGUCCCUGCAGGACGUCCAGACCGCAUACUCUAAAUUCAAACAGCUCUUUCUGAUAGAUAAUAGUACCGAAUUUUGGGACACAGAUAUAAAGUGGUUUUCUCUAUUGGAAAGCAGUAGCUGGCUUGACAUAAUCAGGCGUUGCCUGAAGAAAGCAAUAGAAAUCACAGAGUGUCUAGAAGCACAAAACAUGAACGUUCUUCUUUUAGAGGAGAAUGCUUCCGACCUCUGCUGCCUCAUUUCCUCUCUGGUACAAGUGAUGAUGGACCCCCACUGUAGAACCAGGGAUGGUUUCCAGAGCCUCAUCCAAAAGGAGUGGAUCAUGGGUGGACACUGUUUUCUGGAUCGCUGCAACCAUCUACGUCAGAGUGACAAAGAGGAGGUUCCUGUGUUCCUGCUUUUCUUAGAUUGUGUUUGGCAGGUGGUACACCAGCAUCCACCAGCAUUUGAUUUCACAGAGACCUACCUGACCGUUCUUUCAGACAGCCUGUACAUUCCCAUUUUUAGCACCUUCUUCUUCAAUUCGCCUUGUCAAAAAGAUACUAACAUGGGUAGGGAAAGCCAGGAUACACAAAGCAAGCCUUUGAAUCUGCUCACCGUGUGGGACUGGUCUGUACAGUUUGAACCCAAAGCUCAGACGUUGCUCAGAAACCCUCUUUAUGUGGAAAAGCCCAAACUGGACAAAGGCCAGCGAAAAGGAAUGCGCUUCAAACAUCAACGGCAACUUUCCUUGCCACUCACCCAAUCUAAAUCAUCUCCCAAAAGAGGAUUUUUCAGGGAAGAAACAGAUCAUUUAAUUAAAAACCUUCUGGGCAAGAGAAUUAGCAAACUAAUUAAUUCUUCUGAUGAGCUGCAAGACAACUUUCGAGAGUUCUAUGACAGCUGGCAUAGCAAGCCCACUGACUACCAUGGUCUGCUCUUGCCUCACAUCGAGGGGCCGGAGAUCAGAGUCUGGGCCCAGCGCUACUUGCGUUGGAUUCCAGAAGCCCAAAUCCUGGGUGGUGGCCGAGUGGCCACCAUGAGCAAACUCUUGGAAAUGAUGGAGGAAGUACAGAGCUUACAAGAAAAAAUUGAGAGACACCACAGCCACGAGGCCCUCCAGGCUGAGGCCCCCUCCCUGCUGAGGAAUUCUGCCCGCCUGUCAUCUUUGUUUCCUUUCGCUUUGCUGCAGCGACAUUCCUCGAAGCCAGUCUUGCCCACCAGUGGUUGGAAAGCUUUGGGAGAUGAAGAAGAUUUGGCCAAGCGAGAAGAUGAGUUUGUGGAUCUAGGAGAUGUGUGACUUGUCCGUUCAGUGAUUGUGAAAGAGGACUGUUGGAGUUGGCACAUCUGACCUCUGGGUUAGCACCUCACGCUGAGCUCACUGCUGGGCAGGAGGGGCAUUCGUGCAGGGCUCUGUAGGAGAAAGCCUGGGGAAGAGCUGGUUCUCAUUUCUAUUUUUCAUGGUCCUGAAAGACUAUGCAAUUCAAACCGUAUCUCUAGUAUUAUUAAUUGAAAGGAAUUACUACUUGACCCAUAAUAGAAUUGUAGCUGUUUUUUGAUGGGUUAAGUAUUAACCAGAACCUGCAGUGGCUGGUUUACUGCUGAAAAGGGCUUUUGGUAAGAUAUUCUUGGGCUCAGUACUUUUUUCAGAUCUCUUUUGUGCCAAGGUAAUUUAUCCAGUCAUUGGGAACAGUAACUGUCUGUCUAACCCAUCUUGGUUUGGAGCAAGUUCAGCUUCAUGUCGUGUGUAUGGCAAGUCAAAAGACUCAAAUGAAGUAUUAAGAUGUGUGGCAUUCAUUUAAACAAACCAUAGCAUUUUUCCUUUCUGUGUCCUCCUGCCUGCAGAAAGGCUGGGGAAAUGCCCCAUGUCAUCCAUCCUGGCAUUUCAGACCAUCCUUCCCGGCACAGACUCUGUCACUCUGUGUGUGGUGUGGGGGGCAGCCAACUCCCCCACCCACCCGCACCCCAGUUCAUGUGUGCUGACAGCUCCUGGCCACUGCCUGCUCUGUGCUGUGCGCCACAGUUCUUCCAUGCUCCCGCCUCAGUGCAUAGUCCCAGGAUCUUGCUGCUCCCCCUUUUGGUUAAACUGGGGAGUCUCUUUGGUUUGCCCAGGGGAACUUCUAUUCUCUGGAAGCGCUCAGUGUUUGAAAGUAACUGCUUUGCCUUUCCCUCAGCAUGCCGGGCAUGUUGACACCUUAGUGACCUCAGUCCUCUGCAGCAGUCUUCAGGUGGUGUCUCCAGUCACCUUACAUUCUGAUGAGUUAGGGUCACUUUUGAGGUGGCUUUCCUAGGGAAUCAAUGAAGCAUAAAUAUCAGAAGUGAUGAUUAUCAUGUAGUACCUCAGCAAUUUAAAAAGCCAUAGAAGAAACUUGACAACUAUGCCUGGUAACCUUCUUGGAUCUGUUGACAUAUAUUUUUUAAAUGCAGGAAAGUGUGCUUUGUAAGGACCAGUUUUUUCAUUCUCAAUGGAACCACAUUAUAAUGCCACAAAAGGAAGGAGAGAAAAAAAUCUGAUGUUAGAAUGCUUCAAUCAAAUGUUUGCCUUUUAUAUACCUUUGUUCUCCAGUGUAGAUCCCAUUUGAGUAUUAUGCUUAGAAAAAUUUAACAGUUGUUCAAGGGCAAUAAGAAAUUUUGAAACUAUUGACAAAGAAAAGUUUCUCAGUUUGCACUGAAUUGUCUUUUGUAUGUACAAGCAAUUGCUUUGCUGUCCUCCCUGCUCCACGUUGACACGUGAGCCAAGUUGGUGUGUUACGAUGACAGAGGUUGGAGGGAGGGCAGGAUUCGUUCAUUGUGGACCAAACACACAUAUCCAGUCUCGGUUGCCUUAAGGGUCACUAGUGAAGUCAGUGUUAGGCUUGCAAUAGGGAUUUAAAAAUACAGUAGUUCAUUAGCUACCUUCACAUAUGUUCUAUGGGCCUUCUUAAAUUAGCACUAACCUCCACUUUUCUGCCCCAUUGCCUCCCAAAUACACUGUGGAGCUAACUAUUUUUGUUACCAUAUUAUAACAUGAAUAUUUAUGCAGUAGUCUCUUCAGUCUUAGGAUCUUAGUAAUUUUCAUUCCAAAAACAGAAAAUGCCCGGUGUGAUGCUUUAUACCCCACAAAGUAUGGUUUAAAGGCACAAGGCUAUGGCCCUGUCAUGUGCAUUGAAAUAUUUUUCUAUGAUUUUUUUAAAAAAUCACAAUAAAAAAAUAAGCUGUUGUAACAUGUAAGGUCAUGACAAUUUAUGUAUUUAUAUUUGAAAUCAGAUUUCUAUAAACUUGUAUUUGUGUACAGAAUUCUCAGUGAGUUUAUAUAUUGUGAAUUUUUAUUGGGACAUGUGGAUUAUGCUCAGCAGUAAAAGCUGAAACAAGACCAUUUACUUCCUUUAACAUGCACUGUGCGAGUUUGGAAAUGUACAUUAAUUUACUGUGUAUAAUAUCUUGAGUUUGUUUAUACCUCCCAAGUUUUUACACUGAAGAUUAAUUAGCUUUAAUUACGUUCAAAAAAAUUUUUUAAGGGAAUAAGCUGUUGGGCUAACUCUGUAUAAAUGUGCUUUUUUCUGAAUGUACAAUGAAAAUUUAUACUUGUAUCUCACUGCAUCGUAUCUGAUUGCAGAAAUUAAAGCACAGUUUACAAGCAA